GUAGCGAGACGAUGGAGGCGGUCGCCGAGCAUGAUUUCCAGGCGGGAUCACCUGAUGAGUUGUCUUUCAAGAGAGGAAACACGCUAAAAGUUUUGAACAAAGAUGAAGAUCCACAUUGGUAUAAAGCUGAAUUGGAUGGAAAUGAAGGAUUCAUUCCUUCUAAUUAUAUUCGUAUGACUGAAUGCAAUUGGUACCUUGGUAAAAUAACAAGAAAUGACGCAGAAGUAUUGCUGAAAAAGCCAACCGUACGUGAUGGUCAUUUCCUUGUCCGACAGUGUGAAAGUAGUCCAGGAGAAUUUUCGAUCAGUGUUCGAUUCCAAGAUUCUGUACAACAUUUCAAAGUUUUGCGUGAUCAAAAUGGUAAAUAUUACUUGUGGGCUGUCAAAUUCAACUCUUUGAAUGAAUUAGUUGCUUAUCACAGAACCGCUUCUGUUUCGCGUACUCACACAAUAUUGCUGUCAGAUAUGAAUGUGGAGACUAAAUUUGUACAGGCCCUGUUUGAUUUCAACCCACAGGAGAGUGGAGAGCUAGCUUUCAAAAGAGGAGAUGUUAUCACUUUGAUCAACAAAGACGAUCCAAACUGGUGGGAAGGACAGCUGAACAACAGGCGUGGAAUUUUCCCAUCCAACUACGUAUGCCCUUACAAUAGCAAUAAGAGCAACUCCAACGUGGCUCCUGGCUUCAACUUUGGAAAUUAGGACGUUAUUUUAGGAUUUUUCCUGUCUCUGUUCGUUCUUUAAAAGGAGCGUUCAAUGUUUCUUCUAUACCAUUUGUUCUUGACAUAGUAGUCUAAUAAGCCCUCUCUUACUUAAUCUCCAAUAAUAAUCACUAAAUCUUGUCACAAACACACUUUCCAAUGCUGGGUAUUAAUUUCACAACUUUCUCAAAACUGAGAUAAGUUGUUCGUGUUUUACAUGUAGACCAUGAAUUUUCAAUGUUUUUAUUCUUUGCAACUUGGAACUGCCAUUGGCAAUGUUUUAUCGAUUUUUUGUUCGGUUUCGUUGGCAAUGAUACAAUUCUUGUUGUGUUAUCAACAGCCUUUUCUUUCCCGCUUUCUUCCAACCCCACACCAAUUCUAUUACGGAUCUAUUAAGCGAUUAGAUACUCUGACACAAUACUCAGAGACUGUUCGCAUUUGUUUUUUUUUGUGUUCAUGCAAUUUUUGUCAUAACUAUUUGCCAUUUCUCGUCAUUGUCUCUCUUUUUCUUUUGACAUUUUGCAAUUCAUCCAAAACCAAUACGAUUUUUCGUUCGGUGCUACAUUGUUCGGUUUUAUCACAACUCACACUGUUCUGAUAUAGUUUUAUCACUUCAUUCUAUUCCUCCGGCUCAAUCUCUUGUCGAGAGCAUCAUGAAGCUUCUCUCUGCCUCCCACUUUACUCGCCGUCUUGCUUUUAUAUCGAAUUUGUCAAGUAUUUUCCAAUCCCUUUGUAAAUCAAUGAAGGUUAAUAAUUAUU